AUGUUCUGCAGGAAGUUCAAGGAUCUCAAGAUCACCGGGGAGUGCCCUUUCUCCUUACUGGCCCCUGGUCAGGUUCCUAAAGAACCAUCAGAGGAGGUGUCAGGAGGCUCUGAGGGCUGCCAGGCCACUCUGCCCAUCUGCCAGGACAUUCCUGAGAAGAAUGCACAAGGGAACCUUCCCCAGAGAAAGACAAGUCGCAACAGAGUCUACCUUCACACUCUGGCAGAAAGUAUUUGCAAGCUCAUCUUCCCAGAGUUUGAGCGGCUGAACCUUGCACUUCAGAGAACACUGGCAAAACAUAAAAUUAAAGAAGACAGGAAAUCUUCAGAAAAAGAAGACCUUGAAAAAAUAAUUGCAGAACAAGCAAUUGCAUCAGGAGUCCCCGUGGAGGCGCUCAAAGACUCUCUGGGUGAGGAGCUGUUCAAGAUCUGUUAUGAGGAAGAUGAACACAUCCUGGGCGUGGUGGGCGGCACACUGAAGGACUUUCUCAACAGCUUCAGCACGCUCCUGAAGCAGAGCAGCCACUGCCAAGAGGCAGAGAAGAGGGGGAGGCUGGAAGAUGCCUCCAUCUUAUGCCUGGACAAGGACCACGACUUCCUAAAUGUUUACUACUUCUUCCCCAAGAGAACCACAGCCCUGCUUCUCCCCGGUAUCAUUAAAGCGGCUGCUCGCAUAUUGUACGAAAGCCACGUGGAGGUGUCUCUGAUGCCUCCCUGCUUCAGAAGUGACUGCACGGAAUUUGUGAACCAGCCCUAUUUGCUCUACUCUGUCCAAGUCAAGAGCACCAAGCCUUCUCUGUCCCCAGGCAAGCCCCAGUCCUCGCUUGUGAUCCCCGUUUCACUCUUCUGCAAGACCUUCCCAUUCCACUUCAUGCUCGACCGAGACCUGGCCAUCCUGCAGCUGGGUAAUGGCAUCAGAAGGCUGGUGAACAAGAGGGACUUCCAAGGGAAGCCGAACUUUGAAGAAUUCUUUGAAAUUCUGACUCCCAAAAUCAACCAGACAUUUAGUGGCAUCAUGACAAUGCUGAAUAUGCAGUUUGUCAUACGAGUGAGGAGAUGGGAUAACUCUGUGAAGAAAUCAUCAAGGGUCAUGGAUCUCAAAGGCCAAAUGAUCUACAUUGUUGAAUCCAAUGCCAUCUUGUUCUUGGGAUCACCCUGUGUGGACAGAUUGGAAGAUUUCACAGGACGAGGCCUCUACCUGUCUGACAUCCCAAUUCAUAAUGCCCUGAGGGAUGUUGUCUUGAUAGGAGAACAGGCAAGGGCUCAAGAUGGCCUCAAGAAGAGGCUGGGGAAGCUGAAGGCCACCCUGGAGCAUGCCCACCAAGCCCUGGAGGAGGAGAAGAAGAAGACAGUGGAUCUUCUUUGCUCAAUCUUUCCCUCUGAGGUUGCUCAGCAGCUGUGGCAAGGACAAAUUGUGCAAGCCAAGAAGUUCAGUAAUGUCACCAUGCUCUUCUCAGAUAUUGUAGGGUUCACUGCCAUCUGCUCUCAGUGUUCACCCCUGCAGGUCAUCACCAUGCUCAACGCUCUCUACACUCGAUUUGACCAGCAGUGUGGAGAGCUGGAUGUCUACAAGGUGGAGACCAUUGGUGAUGCAUACUGUGUGGCAGGGGGAUUGCACAGAGAGAGUGACACUCAUGCUGUCCAGAUAGCACUGAUGGCCCUGAAGAUGAUGGAGCUCUCCAAUGAGGUCAUGUCUCCCCACGGAGAACCCAUCAAGAUGAGAAUUGGACUGCAUUCUGGGUCAGUUUUUGCUGGAGUGGUUGGAGUAAAAAUGCCCCGCUACUGCCUGUUUGGAAACAAUGUCACUCUGGCUAACAAAUUUGAGUCCUGCAGUGUUCCACGGAAAAUCAACGUCAGCCCCACAACAUACAGGUUACUCAAAGACUGUCCUGGUUUUGUGUUUACUCCAAGAUCAAGGGAGGAGCUUCCACCAAACUUCCCUAGUGAUAUCCCUGGAAUCUGUCACUUUCUAGAUGCUUAUCAUCAUCAAGGACCUAAUUCUAAGCCAUGGUUCCAGCAGAAAGACGUGGAAGAUGGAAAUGCCAACUUCUUAGGCAAAGCUUCAGGAAUAGACUAG